AUGAGGGCGACAGGUGGAGGAGUACUCGGUGGCCUGAAAGGUAGAGUCCUCGCUUUGGUGGGCCCAGCAUGCGCCCAAGGCCUGGGGGACCCACCUUAUUUUUCCGACUCUGACGACGACCAGCAACCAGACGCGCCAGUGGCAGCCCAAGCACAAGCAACCCAGCCUGGUGCAAGUGGCCUCCCAAGCAGGCAGCCGUGCCCACCAGCUCCAAGGCAGGGCACAUUUACUGGAAGGCGUGGGUUUGGCCCACGUCGCACAGCUGGCUUCGGGCGUGCACGCACUUCGUCUCCGCAAGCCAGCCAGGAGGACCUACUGGCUCAAGCCAUUGACCAUGGCAGACAAAGCGUGCUUGCAUCUCAGCAGCUGUGCAAAGCCCAGCGCGAGCAAGUGGAGGCCACACGCAAGCAAACGGCGGUCCUCGAAAAAGGGCUCAAAUCGGUGGCUGACGCAGUCAAGGAGUUGUGCGAGAUUGGACGCCGGCAGGAGGAGCGACUCCGAAGACUGGAGGAAAACCUUUCGCCCCUCGCCACACUAGCAACAAGUACUGUGGUGGUGCUGCCACAGCAGCCCAUGCCAGGGCAACAGCCGCCGCAGCCACCACAGUAACUUUUGUUAUUUCAGUUUUUGUUUUUUAAUGCUUGAAUUUUAAUUUUACUUGCCUUGACAAAACAGUUAC